CUCAGACAUUUGACACAUAUUUGUUGAAUAAGUGAAUGCCAGGUUAAACUGACUUUGAAUUCAUCACUCCUGGCAGAAAUCGCCACAACCUGAUGGGCGCAGAGCAGAGCUUGAUAAAUCCCCGCCCCCACAGCUUUUGGAAGGCGGUGGAAGAUUGGGAACGUGUACAAUCCCAGGUGGUAAACAUUAAGGCUUGGGAGAUACUCAAGAGGAGUCAGCAGCCACAGGACAAGGAGAUCUCUUAUGGCUGCUUAAGUCCACAUCAAUGGCUGAGCAAGUAUCCAAACUGCCUGUGUUCAAGCGUUUCAAAGGCUGGAGCCCGCCCCACAGAGUAGGUGCUUUAAACUAGGCUGCUAAGAUAAAAAUAUGACCCGAAUUCAGACAGGGAUGCUGGGAAAAGAAUGAGAGAGCCCUACCUAAGCCCAGCAACCUUAUGCAGCCAAGCCUUACAGCUCAGCCGCCUAGAAGCUUCCGGGUUCCAUUCCAGGCCUUCAAUACGGCUUGACAACAAGCUCCACCCUCUGCAGCAAACGCCGUGCGCUGAUUGGCUGUCUCUAAAAACGCGGCCCUAUGGUCGCCGUCUUGGUUAACUUCGAGCUCCAACGCCGGCUCCAGUCCCGGGACUCUCGGCUUCCUAUUAGACUACCAGUUUCCAAUCAGAAGAGUUUCUGAAUCUCAGUCUUUGGAAGGCGCUAAUCAUUGGCUGCAGGAUAGGGGCGGAGCCCUAGGUCGUCGCCGGCUACGCCAGGAACAAAACCAGGGACUAAAAGCGAACCCUUUCGCAGAGCGGCCUCGCGUGGACCCACACCUGACUGCCCUCCCCAGCGGGCCCCCACCUCCCUCAGAAUGACUCUGGACGUGGGGCCGGAGGAUGAACUGCCCGACUGGGCUGCGGCCAAGGAGUUUUACCAGAAGUACGACCCUAAGGACGUCAUUGGCAGAGGAGUGAGCUCUGUGGUCCGCCGUUGUGUUCAUCGAGCCACUGGUGAUGAGUUUGCUGUGAAGAUCAUGGAGGUUACAGCUGAGCGAUUGAGUCCUGAGCAGCUAGAGGAGGUGCGGGAAGCCACUCGGCGAGAGACGCAUAUCCUUCGCCAGGUCGCCGGCCACCCCCACAUCAUCACUCUCAUCGAUUCCUACGAGUCUUCUAGCUUCAUGUUCCUGGUGUUUGACCUGAUGCGGAAGGGAGAGCUGUUUGACUAUCUCACAGAGAAGGUGGCCCUCUCAGAAAAGGAAACCAGGUCCAUCAUGAGGUCUCUGCUGGAAGCAGUGAGCUUUCUCCAUGCCAACAACAUUGUGCACCGAGACCUGAAACCCGAGAAUAUUCUCCUAGAUGACAAUAUGCAGAUCCGACUUUCAGAUUUUGGGUUCUCCUGCCACUUGGAACCUGGCGAGAAGCUUCGAGAGUUGUGUGGGACUCCAGGGUAUCUGGCACCAGAGAUCCUUAAAUGUUCCAUGGAUGAAACCCAUCCUGGCUAUGGCAAGGAGGUUGACCUCUGGGCCUGUGGGGUGAUCUUGUUCACACUCCUGGCUGGCUCGCCACCAUUCUGGCAUCGGCGCCAGAUCCUGAUGUUACGCAUGAUCAUGGAGGGCCAAUAUCGAUUUAGUUCACCUGAGUGGGAUGACCGUUCAAACACCGUCAAAGAUCUGAUCUCAAGACUGCUAAAGGUGAAUCCUGAGGAGCGCCUGACAGCUGAGCAGGCCUUGCAGCACCCCUUCUUUGAGCGCUGUGAAGGCAGCCAAUCCUGGAAUCUUACACCCCGCCAGCGGUUCCGGGUGGCAGUGUGGACAGUGCUGGCUGCUGGACGAGUGGCCUUAAGCUCACACCGAGUACGGCCAUUGACCAAGAGUGCGUUGUUGAGGGAUCCCUAUGCACUGCGGCCAGUGCGACGCCUCAUUGACAACUGUGCCUUCCGGCUCUACGGGCACUGGGUAAAGAAGGGCGAGCAGCAGAACCGGGCAGCUCUCUUCCAGCACCGGCCCCCUGGGCCUUUUCCCCUCAUGGGCACUGAAGAGGAGGGAAACACCACUGCUAUCACUGAGGAUGAGACGGCACUGGUGCAGGGCUAGGACCUUAGCCCUGGGCAGCCUCAGAAAGCAGGAUUUUCAAGGAGACUUUUAUCAUUCCAGCCCCUCUGGGCUCUGACCUCAGGCUCCCCUGCCUAGCAAAGUGCACCACUGAUCAUGCCACUGUUGUAGAGACCAGCCCUGUGUACCUACUCUCAUUGGCUUAGGGCUUAAAAUCAAAGCUCGGGUGGAAGGGGAGCCAUUCUGAAUGCCAUGCCUGGCCUUGUCAGUACUGCUUGUGCUGCAUCUGAAA